AUGUCUCAAGUCUCUGAUCUCAAGCAGACUGACGCGCAGAUCGUUGUCGAGAUACCAGUGCCGCACUACCCCACCAAACAACCGGCAGACGCCGUGCCGUGGUGCCCACCCGAGCACACCUGGAUGAACAGUGCACCGACUAGGUCAUGUCCUUCCAAUGACCGGCACACCAUGCCGCCGUGUUCAUCCAAACUGGACACUCUAGGCCAGUUGAUCUCUCAGAAGGACGAGCUUGAGAACCUCGCAAACUCGGCUGGUUGUGCUGCUAGCCCCACUUCUGCUUCGGUACUUCCAAAAGGCGGAGGACUUUCGGAUUCGGCUGAACAGUCACUGACUACUGAGCCACUACCAGCUCCUGAACAGUUACCAACGGUUUUUGACCACUCACGGGCAGCUGAACAAUUGCCAGUAGCACUUGAAGCGUUGGUAACUGCAGAACAGUUGCCAGGUGCUGAACAGUUGCGGGGUGUCGAGCAAUUGCCUCAUUCGGGGCAGUUACCAGCUACUGAUCAGCUACCCGCUAUAGUCCAGUUCUUAGUCGUAGAGCAGCUGACCGCUGCUGACGGCUUAUCUGCUCCGAAAGAGUUACCGAAUACUGAACGGUUACCAGCGGCAGGACUACCAGCGGCAGAUUCCAAGACAAGCAUUCUAGCGGACGGUGCGUUAAAAUCUGAAUCAAACGUUGCCCCGUCAAGGUGCCUACCGGGAGUAGGAUUGUCUACGGUGGCGGGAGACGUUGCAUUGGACUGGUGCGACCUUUGGCCGUUUUACCAAGGUGAGUUGGAGCCGCAUUGUCGCGAGUUGAGUUCCUUUGCCACAGCUCACUGCUCAGAGUUAACAGGAUCAGGUUGGCGCAUUUUGAGGGGGGACGUGAAGGUGAUUGUGGAUGAUGUAGCUCGCCAGAUGCCAACCCGGGCGGGACGUCAGUGGCUAGGUGCGAUCCUUUGGUGGCAUCAUAUACACACCAUGCCCUACCAGCAAGCGCACCUGUAUAUUUUGAGGAAUAUAAUUUGCACGUGUGCUGAGACCGCAGCCUCACUUGUCAGUCGCGACUCGACCAGGAUUCGUGGUGACCAGGAUUCGGGUGAAAAGCCGAACUCGAAUUCUGGUCGCCAUGGUCGGCCAGGUCGGGAUCCGGACCGGGAAUCAACGUUUCAGGUGGUAAUUAGGGCCUUGGUCUCACGGCCAGGUGGGCCUGGGUACCAAGACGUGGAAAGUCUUGUCAAGGCGGCCACGGAUGAUGGGCGGUUACCGCUGCUGGCGGGUCUGUCGUCGAUGGUCUACGGACGGGUACUGACUGACUUCUUUUUUAGUGGACGUGCCGUGCGGAAUUUGUUACCCCGGUUCUGGCGGUCGCCAAACGAUUGGGAGGUGAAUGCGCAGGAGCUCGCAACGAAAGCCAGUCUUCUCCUGGCUCAUUUCGACCCAGAGCUGGAGGACGAGUUCAAGCGGCACGGGGGUAGCUUGUUGUGGGCAGCGAAAUAUACAACGGCUAUUGGCGCCAACCUUAUGGAAGGAAACAUGUGGAAGGGUUGGCUGAUAGUAAUAAUGCUCAUGAGCAAAGCCUGGGGCGUGAAACCGUUUUAUCUCUGCCUCGCCUCUAUUAGCCAUGCUCUAGCCGAGAUUCACCACCAGAUCUGUCACAAAACUCAGCCCGCGCUGCCCGACCAAAAACUGUCCAAUUGCACGCGCCACGAUGAAUGCUUGGCAACCAUCCUCAAUGACGAUACAGCCAAAUCGUUGCUGGAAAAAAAGAAAUUGGAACUGUCUCCUGUUCUUUGGAAUCCACUCAUUGUAAAGCAUUUACGAUGA